GUAUAGACAAGUUUGUGUAGUGUGUGUGUGUGUGUGUGGUAGUCAGCCAUCAAUUAUGAUCAGAACGAGAACAAAAGUGUUACGAAAAUUGACAAAAUUUCAAAUGAUAAAAAAAUCAACACCACAAUCAAUUUUGAAAAAUAAUGAAAAAUAUGAAAAAGAAAUGAUGAAAUCAUCAUCAAUGACGAUGAAAUUUAUACCCAUAUCCGAUACAGAUACACCAAGUCGUCAUAUUUGUUGCCGUUGUAAACAUCAACGUAUUGUACAUAAUGGUGUUGGUAGUAAAAAAAUACAAUUACAAACAACAGCAACACGUAAAGAUGAAGAAAUUAUACAAUCAAUAAAUGAUGGUAAAAUUACAUUGCAUUCAUUUCUAUUAUUAUCACCACAUAUUCAAGGUAGAAUUCGUCGUGAAUGGUUAAGACGUAAUAAUAGAAAUAUAGCAGCUACCGUUGAUGCUGCUGCUGCUGCUGAUGGCGAUGACGAUGAUGAUGAUGAUAAUGAUGGAAUUUCACCGUUAAUAGCAUCAAAUCGAUCAACAUCAUCAACAAAUAUGAUGAUGACCAAUAAAUUAAAAUUUCAAAAAAUGUUGAACCUACUUGAUGAUCAUGAUUCUCCUAUCACCACCAGCACCGCUACCACCACCAUCAACAACAACAACAACAAAACAUACAAGAAAAAAUCGUUAGAAAAAACGAUAAAAACACGAAUUCCAAUCUGCAAAUCUAGAGUGAUGAUUAAGACAAAACAUCAAUCGAUUGAUGAUGAUCAAGCUCAAAGUAAAAAAAUCAAACCAAAAUUGACUAUUACAAAGAAAAUUAUUCCAAAGCAUUCAUAUAAUCUACGAUGUAUUGCUUCAAGGGCCCCUACCGCCAACAAAAACGAUAAUAGCAGCAGCAUUACAAAUGCCGAUUGCCGUUUACCAAUUGUAAAGACAAAAUAUCAACGAUCCACUGUCAAACUUCCGAAUAUAAUGACUAGAAUUAAAGUAAAAAACACGAACAAUCACAAUACACAUACAUCAACAAAAAUGGCAACUACACGGUCAAUUGUUACACGUGCCAAAACAAAGACAACAACAACACUUUUAAAACGAAUUAAAACACGAAUAUUAUGGUGAUGUGUGUGUGUGUGUGUGUGUGUGUGGGUAUAUUCUUGUAUGAUGUUGUUGCAUAAAAAUCUUUUCAAUUUUGUUUUUCGUUUUUUAACAAUUUCAAUGAA